AUCUUCAAGGGGAGAGUUACACUUAUCAUACAAAAGGAAAUUUAGUCAAUCCUACAUCCAUGUUUGCUAAAUCCGAUAAUCCUAACUCAACCAUCAUGCCUGUGAAUGCGCCUUUAAGCACUCGAAACCUUAUGGGUCAUUGCACAUCGUCCGCGUAUGUGCUCAAUGAUCAUCUUGGUCAAAAGGGAAUUUAUUUUAUAUUUCAGGACCUUUCUGUUCGAACUGAAGGUACUUUUACCUUAAAAUUCUCUUUUUGUAACAUUAAAGAAUUUAUGGUCCAAUCUCCUGAUGAAUUUACAAGUACCCGUGGAAGCGUUGCAGCUGAAGUAUAUAGUGCACCUUUCAAAGUUUACUCUGCAAAGAAAUUUCCGGGUAUGACAGAAUCAACCGAGCUUUCUAAGGCUUUCGCCAAACAAGGAAUUAAAAUUCCGAUUCGUAAGGAAGCAUAUUAUAGGAAAGUCUCCAAUAACAAUUUGCAUAAUCAGCUUAGUGUAGACAUUCCUCAGGCAACAAUCGAGAUCUCUAGCAGUGAUUCGGAAGAUAUUUAA